GGUUUGUUAAAGAGUUUGUGAAAGCGCGAAACCCUCAUUCCAUUGUUGCCUUGCUGUUGAAGUGAGUUGGUAACCAUCACAAGGCAACUCUCUUUCAAAUUUAAUCGCCGGUACCGGAAUCCUCAAAACAAGCCGGAAAAUGGAGAAUAAACCUCGGAUUUUUGACAACUUCAUGACGAUUUUUCAACGGCGGAGCUCCAGUCCUCGUUCUCCUUUCUCCACCGAUUCCCCCAAAUCCAUUCCGUUUCUCUCUCCAAUCGCCAACUCCGUUGUCGCUCGAUGUUCCAAGGUUUUGAACACGCCUACAGAAGACUUGUGUAGUAGUUUUGACAUAGAGACCGGUGAAAGUGGCAAGCAACAUUUCGAAUAUGCUAGACAUUUGUUAGAAUUUUGCUCAUACAGGGCAUUCGAUGUCUUGACUGCCCGUGCUGAUUAUUUUAGCGAUAAGGAAUUUCGUCGUUUGACAUAUGACAUGAUGCUCGCAUGGGAGGCCCCAGGUGUUGAGGAUGAAACAAUAUACAAAGAAAGUGUUUCUCCCAGUACAAUGCAGAGUGAAGAUGAUGAUGGGUGGUCUUUUUUUUAUUCAAGCUCAACUGCCAUGGCUGUUCAGGUCGACAGUGAAAAAACUGUUGGUCCUGAAGCCUUUGCACGAAUCGCACCUGCUUGUGCAGUUAUCGCUGAUGUUGCAACUGUUCAAAAUCUAUUUGAUGCAUUGACAAACACUUCGGGCGAUAGACUUCAUUUUCUCAUAUAUGAUAAGUACCUUCAGAGCCUUGAUAGGGUGAUCAAGAGUGCAAAAAGUGUUCUAUCAGCUUCGUCAAAUCUUGAAAUUGUUGAUGGAGAGAUCAUUGUAGAUGUUGAUGGUACAGUCCCUACCCAGCCAGUUCUCCAGCAUAUUGGAAUCUCCGCAUGGCCUGGUAGGUUAACCCUAAGCAGUAAAGCUUUGUAUUUUGAGUCAUUGGGAGUAGGUCAAUAUGAUAAACCUGCACAGUAUGAUCUUUCAAGGGAUUUGAAGCAGGUCAUUAAGCCUGAAUUGACUGGGCCACUUGGUGCUCGGCUGUUUGACAAAGCUGUGAUGUAUCGGUCAAUGUCACUAACAGAGCCCAUAUUCCUGGAGUUCCCUGAAUUCAAAGGAAGCUCGCGGCGGGAUUAUUGGUUGGAUGUCUCUCUAGAGAUAUUGCUUGCUCACAGAUUUGUAAGGAGAUACAAUCUCAAAGGAGUCCAGGAAUCGGAAGCAGUUGCAAGAGCUAUUCUUGGCAUAUUUCGGUGUCGUGCUGUGAGAGAGGGUUUCUACUUUUUCUCGUCACAUUAUAAGUCAUUGCUUGUAUUUAACCUUGCUGAGAAUCUUCCUGGUGGGGAUGCAAUUUUAGAAACUCUGUCAAGUUGUUUAGCACUUUUGAGAGUGAGUAGUUCUCAAGCUGACUCAUCUGGGAUUGUUAGACCUGUUAGUACAGAGAAACAGCAUAAAGUAUCUCCAGUUUCGCUUCUAGCUCUAAGAAGGUUUGGGUUAAUUCUUCAAGAAGAUGUAGAAUUUGACAAGGACGAGAUAUAUGGUAGCGGAUAUAUUUGUGUGGGUGAAGUUGAUCCUUUGGAAGUGGCAAUAAAACAAUCGAAAGUGGACACUGGAAAGGCUGAAGCAGCACGGGAGACUGUCAACCAAGUGAAAGUAGAUGGGAUUGAUGCAAAUUUAGCAAUCAUGAAGGAGUUGCUUUUUCCACUGAUUUUGCUAGCUAAGCGUGUUCAGUUUUUGGCUUCGUGGGAGGAACCUUUCAAAUCAACAGUUUUCAUGUUGCUGACGUGCUACCUGUUUGUGAGUGGAUGGUUUACGUUUGUGCUGCCGUUCAUUCUUGUUUCCCUUGCGGUGCUUAUGCUUUGGCGCCGACUGGCUAACAAAGGGAAGCUGGUAGAUGCCUUCAAAAUUGUAGCACCUCCCAAUCGGAAUGCUGUAGAGCAGCUAAUUACAUUACAGGAAGCAAUUUCUCAGGUAGAAGGGCUGGUUCAGGCUGUAAAUGUUGUUCUUCUAAAGAUGAGAGCCCUUUUAUUUGCUGUGCUUCCAGAGGCCACAUACACAGUAGCUAUCUUUUUACUUCUCACGGCGGCGUUCUUCGUGCUAGUGCCUUUCAGAUUUAUAAUCCUGUUUGUCCUAAUGGAGCCCUACACUAGGGAAAUGCCUUUGCGAAGGGAAAGCAGUUACAGGUCAUUGAGGAGACUAAGAGAGUGGUGGUUUGGGAUACCUGCUGCUCCUGUUCAGCUCAUCAAGUACGAGAACAGUAAGAAAAAGAAAUGACCACUUUGGCUAUUAUGUUAUGACACAAAUUUGUUGAAGCAGAAGCCUGUGUAUUUAUUUAGCUUGUUUGACAUCAUGUUAAAGGCUUCAAAAUUGCAUGAAAAGUAGCUGUUGUAUUAUAAUUAUCUUUGGUAUAUAGCAUCUAUAACAAGAGUUUCAAGCUGCAUCACAAUUCAGAUUUAAGGAUGCACUUUUUUUGUUUUUGGACAUACAUCCCUAUUACAGUUUACAGUUGUUUUGUACCUAAUAUAUGUAUGAAAGACAUAGGGGAUUGUAACUUCAUUCACCAUGGAGAAAAAAAGAAGGAAAGGGGACGCCGAACGUGAAAUGAUACACAUGCAAUGCUUGGAAAGCAAUUUACUUGUAGUACGAGUGAUUUUUACUCUCUUAUCUUGUUUUAUUGAUUAGAACUAUACAGGUGCAAUUUGUACUAAAAUAUACUGAUGGAAAAUAUUGGUCAAAUGCAUCUUUGGCCACACAAAAAUUUAAAUGACUUCAUUCUGGAA